CCUCACCCGAAAGCCAGUGUAACUUUGGUGACAUUACAUCCCCCUGUGACUGCGACACCGAAAACACUCGACCCACCAGGGUACUUACUCAAAUGGACGAUGGCCAAAAUCUUCUGGACAGCGGUCACCCGAAAGUGACCAUUUGCAUAUCGAAUUCCCAACAGUCCUUCAUUCCUUACAUUUGCGACAGUCCGACCUUUGACCACCAAGGAGAUGAUCAUUACCAGCUCAACGACUUCCUCAGCCACCACAACAACAACAACCGCUACAUGAAGGACGCUGGCGGAGGCUACAUCGACACUAUGUCACCGGUGGACUACACCACUUUCACCCAACAGCCGUACAACCACGUGGACUGUUCCUGCGGCCUUUCCAACGGAAACAUCCCGAG